AGAAAGCUGAUCACAGACAUGGACUACAGUAGAAUGGCAUCUCUGGGGCUUCUCCUGCUUACAGCAGCUGUGGUUUCCUGUACUGCAGAACCACAGCAACUAAGGGUUACGACCAUUAAGCAAGAACCAUACACCAUGUUGAAAGGCUCAGAGUUUGAGGGCUAUUGUAUUGACCUGCUGUCCAGUCUCUCCAAAAGUCUGGGCUUUAAGUACAAGAUUCAGGUGGUAAAGGAUGGCAGAUAUGGGGCUAAAGAUGAACACAACAACUGGAGUGGAAUGAUUGGAGAGGUUGCCAGAGAGGAAGCAGACCUGGCUAUGGCACCGCUGACCAUCACUGCUCUUCGGGAGACAGUCGUUGACAUGACCAAACCCUUCAUGCAGACAGGCCUGAGCUUUAUCCUCAGGAAGAAUUUGGACUCCGAUGAUUCACAUUAUUUUAGCUUUUUUAAACUCUUCUCUACCGAGAUGUGGAUCGGCCUGUUCGUUGCUUACCUACUCACAUCCUUCUGUAUUUUCUUGGUGGCUCGAAUUAGUCCACGUGAAUGGGACCAGCCAGAGACAGAGGAGAACCACUUCACCAUCUCACACAGUUUCUGGUACACCGUUGGAGCCCUAACCCUUCAAGGUGCUGGACCUCACCCCAAGUCUUUGCCAGGACGGGUCAUUACUGCCAUCUGGUGGAUCUUCUCAUUGAUCGUACUAGCCUGCUACUUCGCCAGCCUCAGCUCUUGGCUGCAUUCGGAUAACAAAGAGUUGUCAAUUAAGAGCUUUGAGGACCUGGCCAACCAGAAUGUCGUUACUUAUGGUACCAUUAAGGGUUCCUCGUCUUGUAAUUUCUUCAAGAACUCAAACAAUCCUGUCUACCAGCGCAUUUAUGAGAAUAUGGAAAGGCAGCAGAGCUACGCUGAGACGAUGGAACAUGGCAUCCGCAUGGCUCAGGAAGGAAAAUAUGCCUUCAUUGGAGAAUCCGUGUCUUUUGAUCUAGCCGUGGCACGAGACUGCAACCUAACUCGCAGCUCUGAUGUCAUCGGAAUGAGAGGUUACAGCAUCGCAGUUCGUCUAGGAAAUCCCAUGCUGAAGAACCUAAGUGUAGCCAUCCUGAAGCUGAGUGAGUUUGGGGAGCUGGAUUAUCUGCGCAGAAAAUGGUGGGCGAGCAGUUGCAUCGAUGAAAGCGCGCCAACUUCGUCUCUUCAGCCCAGCAACUUGAAGGGCGUCUUCUUAUUUCUGGCGCUCGGCUUGGGAUUGGGACUCACUUUGGCCCUCAUGGAGCUGGCAGCAAAGUCAAGAAGGAUCGCUAACACACAGCAGAAAUCCUGCUGUUCUGUACUGACUUCUGAACUCAGUCAGCGGUUCGGAAAAAGGGAAGAGAGGACAGCGGUGGAAACUUCCGAGAAAAGCAAAGCUUAACUCUGCUUAGCAGUUUUAUAAAGCAUUGCUAAGUUACAUUUCAUUAUGUUCUUUAUUUCAUUUAUGUGCUUUAUUAAACCAAACUAAAUGUCUGCAUUACAAUCUAAUCAUUAUAGAAACUAUAUGUAAAAGGCAUAAAACUUACAAAUUUGAACAUUAUCGUCAUCAUAUGUCUAGUUGGACGAAACAAUCAUGUUUAACGUGAAUCAUGCAAAGCACCAUCAUGUCUGCGGUUGGGUCUGAUGCAGGUUGCAAAUUACACUGUCAUAUACAGUAUUCAUGCAUAUUCAUUUAACAUUACAUGUGUGAUAGGUAGGUUAAAUGUAAACACUUGCUACUUUAACAGAGGGCUAUUAGAAAGUUUUGGUUCAUGUUAUUUAAAAUAAGACUGUGUAGGAUUGGAUGAUUUAGGUACUGUUUUAUGCCUUGCUGUUAUUGCUUUUUUAUACUGAAAAUAUAUGAUGGUAAUAAAUCAAGUUUUAAAGGUUUUUCUUUUAACACAUUGUAACAAUUACAGUAUUACUAAAACUAUGAAGCAGUAGUAUGUUUACUCUUGAUUAUAAUUAAAUGCCAGCUCGUAAAUUUGGAUGCCUAAAAUUUAAAUGCCUUAUGAAAAAAAUCGAUCUAUGUAUUUUGUUUGUGUCCUUUUUUAACAAAAGCAUGUAACGUAUUGGCAGUCCUAGUGAUUUUCAUGAACAGAAGACACAACUGAGAAUAAAGAAUACACAUGAAUGAGCAA